AUGCAGCAAAAGAUAGUUAUUAAAGUGUCGAUGCACUGCAGAAAAUUCCGAAGAAAGGCAUUACAGGUAGCUGCUGUUGCAUAUGGGGUGACAUCGGUGGCAUUACAUGGACCGGAAAAGGAUAAGCUGAUGAUAUUGGGUGAUGGGGUUGAUGCGGCAUGCUUGACCGAGGCAUUGAGGAAGAAGCUUUGUCAUGCAAGCGUUGAGCAAGUUGAACAAGUGAAAGAUCCCGAACCUUCCAAACCAGACAAAUCUCCAAAGUUACCGAUUCUAUGCUGUCAACCACCCCAGGUUGAAUAUUAUAGAGUGGUGCCUGAUCCAACUCCAGCUCCUUGUACUAUUAUGUGAAACUAAAAUGACACCAUUGUCUCCAAUAAAGUCAUG